UCCAUUCAGCCUAUAAUAAAUACACACUUUCUCUCUCCUCUGUCUAAAAAGUCUCCUUCCUUCCUUCUUCCUACAAGUUGAAGAUAUAGAUAGCUUCAAGGACUAUCUCUAUAUAUAUUGCACUUCAUUAGCUGCUUCUGGAUAACAAUUCACUUGGCCAGUUCAAGAGCAUCUGUGUUGAAAAAGAUUAGUUGGAUUUUUUCUACUCCGGUUUCAAGUUUUCAGCUGCUAUGGAAUACAAAAAUCUGAUUGAUACUUCACUGGAUCUCAAUAUCAAUCCUUUGAGAUUUCUCGACGAAGCUCCGAAUAUGGAGCUGCAAAGCAAUUCUAUUGAGUUGGGGAGGGGGCUCUCAGUAAAAAAAGAGGCAGGUGCAUUAGUGGAGGAAUUGAAUCGGGUGAGCGCAGAAAACAAGAAGCUAACUGAAAUGUUAACUGUGAUGUGUGAGAACUACAAUGCUUUGCGAGGCCAAUUGAUGGAUUAUAUGAGCAAGAAUGAGCCAACUGUAUCGAGGAAGAGAAAGGCCGAGGGCACCACAAACAACAACAAUGACAAUACUAUUAACAAUGGAACAACAACUGGGAACUCAGAGAGUAGCUCAAGUGAUGAAGAUUCAUGCAAGAAGCCCAGGGAAGAACACGUGAAGGCGAAAAUUUCAAGGAACUAUGUUCGAACUGAAGCAUCCGAUACAAGCCUUAUAGUGAAGGAUGGAUAUCAAUGGAGGAAAUAUGGGCAAAAGGUCACCAGAGACAACCCCUCUCCUAGAGCUUACUUCAAAUGCUCCUUUGCUCCUAGCUGCCCUGUCAAAAAGAAGGUGCAAAGAAGUGUUGAAGAUCAAUCAAUCCUGGUUGCAACAUAUGAAGGUGAACACAACCAUCCACACCCUUCAAGUAUGGAGGCGACAUCGGGUUCUAACCAUUGCAUGACACUUGGUUCAGUCCCCUGCUCAGCUUCACUCAACUCAUCUGGACCUACCAUUACUCUUGACCUAACAAAGCCUAAACCUAACAGUGAGGCUAAAAACACAAGCCAGAGAGUGGAUUCACCGGAAUUUCAACGGUUCUUGGCAGAACAAAUGGCUUCUUCCUUAUCGAAAGAUCCAAGUUUCAAAGCAGCACUCGUGGCCGCCAUUUCCGGAAAAAUUCUUCAACAUAAUCAGACAGAGAAAUGGUGAAAAGCAACACGGGGAGUUGAUUACCAUGUAUUGUAGUUUGACUUCUAGAAAGAUUUGGAGUCCACAAAUUGAUGUAAAUACCACAUAGGAGAAGAAGCAAACUAUUGGGACACGUAGUUUGAAUUUUCUCAAAUGAAUGGAUAGCUUUAUUUGAGGUUGCAACUUGGAUGGUUGAAUCAGACUCAGCAAAAGCUCAAUACAACCAAUAGGCAUAUCCUUGGGUUGAAAUUUUGUAAUACAACCUAGUGUGCCUUGGUUGAAGCCUUGCAAGACAUAUAUUCACCCCAAAUUUCCCACUUUCUAUGUCAAUUAUUCAUAUGAAUUAUGACUCAUGUGGAACAUGUUCGACAUGAUAUUUUUCUUCCCAUAAA